AUGGCUUGGACUGUGUUUGUUGUGAUUGUCUCUUUACUUUCUCUCCAUCUAUGGAGAAAAGUCAUAUACCACCGAACAAAAGAGUACAGCAGUUUCCCCCAGCUCCCCCCAUCUCCAGUAUGGGGUCAUUUGCCUAUAGUCAUAAGCUUUAUACGAAAAAACACACAAAACUAUCACUUUGAUGAAUUAUUCCAAACAAUUCGUGAUCGACUCGACAACCCCCCACUCUAUCUUAUGGAUGCGCGGCCAUUUAGCUAUCCAACAUGCAUUAUCUGCGACCAUGAAGUGGCGGAGCAGCUAUCUAGAAGUACGACACUUUUCCAAUACAGUGUCCCCAAAUCCCCGACUAUGGUGGGCUUUUUCGCGGACUUGAUGGGCCCAACCUCCAUUGCUCUUGCAGAGAACGAACGCUGGAAAGGGCUGCGCAAGCGGUUCAGCUCAGGGUUCUCUCACAUGUAUCUGACUAGUUUGCUGCCCUCGAUCCUGGACAAGGUGCAGUUGUUUCUGGCAAAUCUAGACCAUUAUGCCACCACCCGCGAAGAAUUCUCAAUGGAUUCACUGGCUUCGCAAUUGACAUUUGACAUUAUAGGCGCAGUCGCUCUGGAUACCAAUAUGGAUGCCCAGCUCGGAGAAAAGAAGCAAAGCCAGAUAUUCCGGCUGUUCAGCGAGCUACUAUCGACCUACCGUGUAAGCAAUGGCAUAUGGGCACUUCUGCCUUCUUACCAGAAGCGGCGUCUCGCUUGUCAUCUUGAUAUGCACAUCAAAGAUAUCAUCAAAAAAACCUUCGAGGAGCAACAAGCAGACCCGCAAAAGCAAUCUCGCAGCGUCAUAUCCCUCAGUCUAGCUGGGCAGAAUGUGCUAACAUCCGAACUUCUAACCGAGACCUGCGACCAGCUGAAAACCUUCCUGUUUGCAGGUCACGAUACGACAAGUGCUUUGCUGCAAUGGGCAUUCUACGAGAUGAGCCGAAACCCACGCGUCCGCGACCUUGUUCGCCUCGAGCUUGAUGCCAUUUUUGGCCCCGAGUCGUCCCCAUCCGCCAUCCGAGACCAGAUCCUGAAGUGUGGUGAAGAUGUUCUUCAGAAGAUGACAUAUACCUCCGCCAUGAUCAAAGAGACUCUUCGCCUAUACCCACUAGGUUCCACUGCACGUUACGCACCACCAGACUCGGGGCUAAAUGGCCGAUUGCCGAAUGGUCAAGAGAUGUGUCUUGAUGGAGUUGUGCUAUAUAGCUGCCAUAGAAUCAUACAUCGGAACAAGACAGUGUAUGGUGACAACGCUAACGAGUUUUACCCUGAGCGCUGGCUGGGAAGCUCAGAAACCAACAUCCCCAUAUCCCCAAAGCUGGCCAAUAUCGAGACCCUUGUGAUUUUGGCAUGUGUGGCUCGGCGAUAUGACUGGGAAAAAGUCGGGCUCGGGGCAAUCGAACGCGAUGGCCCCGAUGAGCCCACUAGUAAGGUGAAUGGGCAAUACGAAGUUGAGUCCGAGGUGUACAAUACACUGGAGAUCAGCUCAAAGCCUGUUGAUGGAAUGAGAAUGCGAGUCAAGCUGGCAGUAUAG